GCCGUCGGCCUCCUCGUAAUGAUGUACCCCAUCCUCUGCAAAGUCCGCUUCGAAACCCUGCACCUCCUGCUCCGCUCCCGCGACCUCUGGAUCCAAAUUCUCAUCUCCUUCAUCCUCAACUGGAUCAUCGCGCCCCUCUUCAUGGUCGCUCUCGCAUGGGCCUUCCUCCCGGACCGCCAAGACCUCCGCGAAGGCCUCAUCUUCGUCGGCAUCGCGCGCUGCAUCGCCAUGGUCCUCAUAUGGACCGACCUCGCCAAGGGCGACGGCGACUACUGCGCCGUGCUCGUCGCGUUCAACUCGAUUCUCCAAAUCGUGCUCUUCGCUCCUUUCGCGGUCUUCUACAUCAAGAUCGUGAGCCACUCGUCGAGCGCGGUGACGGUGAGCUACAGCAAGGUUGCGACGAGUGUUGCGGUCUUCCUUGGGAUCCCGCUUGGGGCGGCCAUCGUGACGAGGCUGGUGUUGAGGAGGGUGUUGGGGGAGGCGACGUACCAGCGGCGGUUUAUACGGUAUAUUGGGCCGUGGUCGCUCAUCGGGCUCCUCUACACGAUCAUCGUGCUCUUUGCGUCACAAGGGAGGCAUGUCGUUAACCAGAUCACUUCGGUGUUAAGGGUCUGCGCGCCGUUGAUCGUCUACUUCCUUGUCAUGUUUAGUUUGACCGUGCUCCUGUGCUGGAAGCUCGGGUUUGGGUAUAAAGUUUCUUGCACGCAAAGUUUUACGGCUGCGAGCAACAACUUUGAGUUGGCGAUUGCGGUUGUAGUUGCGGUGUAUGGAGCUUCCAGCGGACAGGCAUUGGCGAGUACAGUUGGGCCGUUGAUCGAAGUCCCGGUGUUGGUAGCUUUGGUGUAUGUUCUGCAGUGGUUCAAGAAGCGGUGGGGAUGGAAAGAUUAAGUAGAAGAAUAGCGUUAGUCCUCGCAUCUUGUAUCUAUGAUAAUUUACUCAGAUGAGGCAAGAAGUAAUGUUCCAGCGAACU